AGCUAUUUUACUUUAACAUUUAAAGUGUGGCUGCAAAUCUGGGAUGCAGGAGGUGAAAAUUCAUUGUCUAAUCUGUUUCUCAGUUUCCUCUUUCAGAAACGAGAGAUUUUUCAAGACCUUGCUCCACUGCUGUGGCACUCCUUUGGCACUGUUGCUGCACUGCUCCAGGAGAUUGUGUCAAUUUACCCUUCACUUUCACCUCCUACUUUGUCGCCAGUUGCAUCAAACCGUGUCUGCAAUGCACUUGCACUUCUUCAGUGUGUUGCUUCACACCCUGAGACCAGGAUCCCGUUCUUGAAUGCUCACAUCCCACUGUACCUGUACCCGUUCCUGAAUACUACCAGCAAGACAAGACCUUUCGAGUACUUGAGGCUUACCAGCUUGGGUGUUAUUGGUGCUCUUGUGAAG